GGGGGCUUUUGGUUUGCUUUGGUUUUUUCCCAUGUGAACAUCCAUCACUCAUAGAAACACGCAUAUAUAAAUAUAAAUAUUCUGUAAAUGUUUAUGAAAUGUUGAACACAAAAUGGUUGUUUUUGUAUUAAAUUGAUAUAUUGACAAAACCACCAUUUUGUAUUUGCUUUGGAUCGGGUCUAGGGUCUUGGAAAGGCCGGGAAAUACCGUAGAUGAAAAAUGAAAGAGUAAUAAAACUGGGCCUCUCUACCGUCUUAAAAUGUUAACAUUUUGGUUGUUAACCAAAAACGUGCUAACUGGAGUGGAUGUUAACCGAGGUGCUACUAUUAUGGGUAAAAUUUAUUUGGUUAACAACUUUUUUUUUUGACAAUUUUUCAGUAUGCAGCCUUUGGUGGAAAAGUUUGGACGUCAUUGCUUUACGACGUGUGUGUGUGUGUGUGUGUGUGUGUGUGUGUGUGUGUGUGUGUGUGUGUGUGUGUGUGCGAGUGUGUGUGUUGUAGCUGAUCAAAUGUUGUUAGAGUAAGACUUAGGAGAUGAGUGGCUUCGCCGUGGGAUCGAUUUUCGCCUCUUGUCUUACACAACCCGGGGGUGUGACCAGCUGCCAUCGGCGUCCAGGUACAAGAUCACUUUUACCAGAACUUUGGCCCAAAUCUACUAACCAAAAGUUGAUUUAUUCAUGCGCUGAAUGACUUCCUGUUGCAGACUGGUGGUAAAGGUGUCACAUGGCCUUUUUUUUGGACAUGACCGUUUCCUUUGGCCUCUUAAGUGGACUUGCAGUGAGGUUUGUGUUUCCCUUCUGGCAUUUGGACCCAUUUCAUUUGGAUUCCACGCCCUCCUCACCUGGGACUGACCUAGUUGCAUCAUCUUCUGUGUAGGUCGUGUGUCCUAAAAAGUCCCAGAAAGAUCUUGGUGACCGAAGCCCCGAUGAAAAAUUCAUGGAGGUCACAGGUGUCAGAUAGGGCACGGCGUGUCCGCCACGCUGUUAUCAGUGCUGGGGAAGACGGAAGAAGAGUGGAGUCUGAGAUAUUCCAUGGACCCGCCGCUGCUCCCCGCCACCAAGCUGGAUUUGGACGUGGAUCUUGGCUUUGCCCUCUUCUUUCUCCUCCUCCUCUGCCUUUUUCUGCUGGUGGCCAUCGUGCGCUGUGCCCAGAUGGUUCUGGACCCUUACAGCGCCGUCUCAGUCCACACGUACCAGGAUGAGCAAGCCGAGGUGUGAAAGGGCGCCGGCUAAAGGAUUAGGAAGCACGCUGUUAGUCUACUUUACAACAACAGUAGAAGAUUGAGGUUUUUGAGUUUUCCCCGUCUCAUGUUGACGACAAAAACAUUUUGCCUCAUGCUGCAUGUUCAACCAUGAAGGUAAGUAUUCUUAAUAAACCUAAUAUAGUGUCCUGCAGAAAAGAAACAGUACUGAUGGACACCAAUGUAGUGGAUGGUCAAGAAAAUACCUUCUUAGCAAUGCAAUUAUAAUGCUAAAAUCACUUUGCCAUAAAUAUACUGCAACCUUUACAGGAGUCUUUUCACAUCCUGCAUGCAGAAAGUUCUUCAUGUUGAAAGAACAGAGGUGUCCAAAGUUCUUUUUUUUUUAAUUUUGGCCCUCACCACUAAAAAAAUACCCAAAAAAACACCAGAAAUGGAAAAAGGAGCAGAAAUUGUACGCAAAUAAAGACAAACUUUUGCUGGCUAUCCCAAUUGUAAGCCAUAUUUAUGAGAUCAAAUGUUGAAAUUGUGAGAUAAGUCAAAAUUACGAGAUAAAGUCAUGCUUAGUUCAAAAUUCUGAGAUAAAAACAAAGUCAUAAAUCGAAUAAAAAGUCGGGAUUAUGACAUGGGAAAGUCAGAA